CAAUGAAAGAAGCCCUACAGAGAGCUUUCCAGUAUUUUGUGAUAUAUAACAUCUGAAAUAUCACUGAAAACUAUAUAUUAUAAAGUAAUUAUUUCAGAAGAUACUUUUGCAUUGGCAGCUACAAUGAAUAUUUCAGCGGCAGUACCUUCUACCAGUAUGUCAGAUCACAAGGAACCAAGGGAAUCAAGAGACUCAAGAGACCCUAGAGAACCGAAGCGGACAUCUUCUUCAGGGGCAAUCCUGAGUCCGAAAAUACAAAAAUCAAUCAAAGUCAACGAGAGCCAGCUAUUGUUUUUGUCGGAGAGGGCUAAGGGUGAUCCCGAUCUCGAGGGUCCCCUUUGGAAGAAAUCCAAAACAUCGGAAAAGUGGCAACUACGUCACUUCAUACUCUAUCAGAAUUUGCUAUUCUUCUACGAACAAGACAAACUACAAAGACCACUGGGACUUAUAUUUCUGGAAGGGUCUUAUGUGGAAAGGAUAGUAUAUUCUGAUGCCGCUGCAUAUCAUCCAGUAACCCCGGACAAAAGUAGAGAUAAAUCCGAGAAAGAGACAGUGGACAAAAACUACUGUUUCUUGAUAAUAUUCGGCAAAGAAUUUGUCCGAAAAUUUGAACUAGCUGGCAUCAAUGAACCGGAUAUUCUUCGAUGGUUAGACUGCAUUGAGAAAGCAAGCUUUAGCAAACAACACCUGGAGAUGCAAAAAGUGACGGCCAAGCACAUGCACAUUCUCCAGGUUGUGGAAGCAGAGCAGACUGCUAAGUGGGAGUUUUCUCUUCAUUGUGAAGAACUUCAUGCAGAAAUGAGGUUCCUAAGAGAGGAGCUAAUAGCCCUCCGUCGUCAGAGAACAGCGGAGAGGUUUACAUCUUCGCUAGUGCAUACGUGCACUAGCGUUCAAGAUACAAACUGCCUCUGUUGUUUGUACGAAGAUUUGCAAGGCGAUGAGGAGAAGAUAUCGAAACUAAAGAAAGUUCAAAGCUUCUUCCGUGGAUGGCUCUGCAGGAGAAAAUGGAAGCAGAUUGUAGAGCAGUAUAUAAAAAGCCCCCACGCGGAGAGGUUAAGGAGGAGAAAUAGUUUGGUAUUUCAGCUAGUGGAAGCAGAAGAGGAGUAUAUCCAGCAGAUGGAAGUGUUGAUUACUUGUUUCUUGCGACCUUUUAAGAUGGCGGCAUCGUCAAAGAAACCGCCAUGCACUCACGAAGACGUUAACUCCAUCUUUUUAAACAGCGAGACAGUUUUUUUCCUCCACCAGAUAUUUUUAAAAGGAUUAACUGCAAGAUUGGAGAGCUGGCCCACGCUAGUUUUAGGGGAUUUAUUUUCAAUGCUCUUACCUAUGCUAAGCAUAUACCAAGAAUACGUGAGGAAUCAUCACUACUCGUUGCAAGUUUUAACAGAGUGCAAACAGAAUCAACCGUUUGCAGCAACUUUAAAGAGGUUGGAGUCUAAGCCUCUGUGCAAUGGACGGUCUCUUGAGACCUUUUUGACUUAUCCUAUGCACCAGAUUCCAAGGUAUAUUAUAACGCUUCACGAAUUAUUGGCUCAUACACCUUUCGAACACGUAGAAAGGAAGAAUUUAGAAGCGGCACAGGUUGAGCUAGAAACAUUAUCAAAGCAAAUGCAUGAUGAGGUGUCCGAGACCGAAAAUAUUCGAAAAAAUUUGGCAAUAGAAAGGAAUAUUGUUGAAGGAUGCGACAUCUUAUUGGAUGUUAACCAGGUAUUUGUUAGACAAGGAACUCUUAUACAAGUUCCGACAGACAAGUCAAAAGAAAAGAAAACAUUUAAAGGGUUUAAGGGACUCGGUAAAAGUGUUAAGGAUACCAUCAGGCAAUGUUUCCUAUUUAGUUAUCAUCUGAUUGUUACUACAAGGGGACAUGAUGGUACCUUACAUUUAGUUCCGGGAAUUGGCAGGAUAGCUAUGAGUGAAGCUAUACUAAUUGAAGAACCGACUGAUGAGGCCCCCUUUGAGACACAAUUCGAUUCAAACUCUUCUGUAGCCACUGACAUGUCGCAUACGUCAUAUCACGGGAGAGAUUUUAAAAUAAUAAUAGACAGCAAAGGAUUGGAGACUCCCAUUGUUAUACAUCUAGUGGCGCCGACUGUCAGUGAUAAGGCGGCCUGGAUCUCAGAUAUAGCGCAGUGUAUAGAUAACGCACAGUUCAGCGAUUUGUUGAAACCACAAAUGGCUGACACCAGUUCCAUCAACUUGCCGCAGUAUAUCAAAAAUGAUCCCCGGCUUUUCCAUGAUGAACCGGAUAUUAGGUUUUCGCGCACCUUAAAUUCAUGCAAGAUACCACAAAUUCGUUAUGCAACUCCCGAUAGGCUCUUGGAAAGACUAACUGAUCUUCGAUUUCUCAGCAUUGAUUUCCUGAACACGUUCCUUCUAACAUACAAGGUAUUUACCAGUGGUAUAAAAAUUCUCACAGCGCUUAAAAGGGUGUAUUACGCAAGUGUGGAGAAGGAACGUGAAAAGACGAUGGUUCUGUCAGAUACUCCGUACAGAGACGAUAAUACUUUAGUUACUUAUGAAGAUUAUAGGAGGAGGAGUAGUUUAUUUACUCCUCGAAGAACAAGCGGCGCAAGCUCUGUGUCAGGGUACUACUCAGAAACCAGCGACAGAGAUAGAUCUCUGAGUUAUGACUCGCAGGGUCAUAGAAUAUGGAGGACAUUCUUACCGCCUAGAUUUGAAGACAAUCAGGGACAGGGGCGUCUUUCAAUUCCAAGUUCACAAACGCCCGAGAGAAAAAGAAGUAUUCCAAAGACAAUCGCAAUAAGAGUUGACUCCUAUGAAGAACAGGUCGAGUCUCAUUAUUUGACUGCUGCAAGAGCUCAACCAUCUACCAGCACAGACGUCGUUUCAGAUGUCACUUAUAUGAGUGCCACAACCUCGAGGGAAGUAUCACAGACAGUCGACGGAUCUGCAUCAGAUGUUAGCCCCGAGCCAUGCUGCAAAGAUAUUUCUAGAGAGAAGCUAACUAUCGAACAGCGACGACGGCUAGAUAUAUUUGAAGAAAAACGAAGACAAAAACGAGAAGAGAGGAGAAAAUCGGAUAUAACCGAUUUAAAAGCAAAAACUUCAGUUGAUCUGUCAGCAGAAGCCUCGGAGAUUAGGCGUAAAUCCGAUGCUACAGCAGAAAGGAAAAAAACGGCUCUCUCUGAAGAAGCUAGAAGAUUAAUUGGGGAGCGCAGAAGGUCAGAGGCACCUCAAGAGAGGAUCAAACCUGAAGACAGAAGGCGGUUGGAAAUGCUGGUUAGACGAGCCAAGGCAUCGGAUGAAAGAAAACGAUCUUCAGUAGAUAGUACUGUAGUAAAAAUAAACGAAGAACGUCGGAAAUCGGGUGACGAUGAGAAGAAGAAAAAUGUUUAUAGAACUAUUACAUCGCCAAAACUCGAAAGGAAACUUAAGUCAACUGCACAGCAGAGAAGUAUUUCUUUGGACAGCGAUGUGCAUCCAGAAGAUGAAGCAUUAGCAACUUAUGUCGAUGACAGAGCUAGAAGUUCUAUCGCAUCAGUACAUGCGUCUACUCAAGCAGUUAUUGAGUUCUUUCAAGGAUUUUAUAAACGAUCUCAAAAAGAAGGAGAGCAACGUGAACCACAAUCCAGUCGUUCUACAACAGCUCGAUCUAGUUUUCAAUUCGAUACAAGCAAAAAAACUUCAAGUAAAGCUGGUAUAGUUAUAACGUCGUAUCGACCAGCUCAGCGAAGAAGUAGUUCCUCUCAAGCAAGUACCGCUUUUGCCAUAGCCACUUGCGCUGCUGAUAAUCCGGUGUUGCAGUUCCAACAUCGAUAUGCUCCUCCAGAAGAUAAAACUAAAUGUCUAGAACAUAUCAUAUCAACAGCAGCUACGAUGAGAGUACUAAAUGUAUUGAGACAUUGGAUUUCGAAGCAAGGCAAAGAUUUUGAAGUAGAUUAUGAACUCAAAAAGCAGACUAAAGAUUUCUUGGAAGAGAUCAGGCACCACCCUAAUUUAACUGCAACAGAGCAUAAGGCUGCCGCUCAACUUCUUAUGCUCUUAGACAAACAAGACGAGGAAGACAAAAAACCCGUGGAUUUGGAAGAACUUCUGUGUCCACCAUUAAUACCCAGUAAGGAAAGGAUUGAGACACUUUCAGCUUUAGAAAUCGCGGAGCAGCUAACCUAUAUAGAUCAUCAAAUAUUCAUGCAGAUUUGUCCAGAAGAAUUAAUGGGGCAAGCUUGGAUGAAAGAGGAUAAAGAAAUACGGGCUCCUCAUAUAGUCCUGAUGACUCGAAGGUUUAAUGAAGUGUCUCGAUUAGUUGCUUCGGAGAUUCUAAGAAGGCCAAGCAUGGCAGCAAGAGUGGCUGCCAUAGAAAAAUGGGCUACAGUGGCAGAUAUUGCUCGAUGCCUCCAUAAUUUUAAUGGGGUUUUACAGAUUUGCUCUGCGUUUACCAAUGCUGGAAUUUUUAGACUGAAACGUACAUGGGAAAAAGUCUCUAAAGGGUCAAAGCAAACAGUUGAAAAGCUUCAAAAAAUCGUUUCAUCAGAUGGAAGGUUCAGAGCAUUGAGAGACGCUCUUCAUAGGUGUGACCCACCGUGCAUUCCUUAUUUGGGAGUGUAUCUGACUGACUUAUCCUUUAUUGAAGAAGGAACUCCGAAUUUUAUUGAUGACAAUCUCUUAAAUUUCUCUAAAAUGAGAAUGAUCGCUCACAUAAUCAGAGAAAUUCGACACUAUCAGCAAACUGCUUAUAGAAUAGGAUUAGUCACCAGGGUAUCGAAUUAUUUAUUGGAUACCUCUUUAAUGAUGGAUGAUGACCAGCUCUAUGCAACAUCAUUAAUACUCGAGCCUAGACAGGCCAGAUUGACUUCACAAUCUAGUAUUAGCAAAAGUUAAAUAUUUUAUUAAGUGUUGGAUAUCUAAUUAUUAAAGAAAUGAAAACGUAUUCAAAUUAUUCACAUCAUUAUAAUAAGACAAUCAACGGUAGAUAAUAUUAACUUGUUCUACAUUGUUUUUAGUCUAAUACAGUUUUAUUUUUCAAUAUUUAUUGAAAAAUUAUCUAAACAACUAAAGCAUAUAGUACAAGAAAAGUAGUUUAAUAUUAUCCUCUAUUUUAGUCUAUAACAAAAAAUAUAUACGUAAUAAAUAAAAAAUAUACUGAAAACUUCUAAGUAGAAGUACAAUAUAAAUUCCAUCAUUCUUAUCACAUAUCUCGUUGUCUUUCAUAUCUGCGUAAAAGUAUGUGCCAAAUAUUACAUUUUGUAGUAAAUUUAAGACCUUCCAAAUCGUUCUUAAAAAUGUUUACAAUAAAAAGCUCUUUAAACUUCUAACUUCUAAGCAGAAAGAUAGGUAGGUAAUAAGUAUAGCAUAGUUGGAUGCCAGUAAAUAUUUCUUUAACAUUUCAACAUUUAUAAACCUUUAUGUCUGUCAAUUACCAAUCGAGUUAUUUCGACAAAUUCCUAUUUAACGCUGUUCAGCAUUUAACUAAAUAUAUACUUGUAAAUAAAGGAACGGCCUAAAUACGAUUGGCUCUAAAGUUACAAUAAAAAGCGUAAACAUGAAGAGCUCAAUGUUGUUUUCUUUUGAACAGCGAGAAAUAGAAAUAUUGUUAAUUUUCUUGUAAUCCCUUUUAAACCAAGGAUUGUGAUAUGUAGAAAGUUAUGCCGUAUUGUUAUUGCAAAAUGUUUCAUAUUUUAGAAAAUUUGAAAGCAAAGGUAUUUAAAGUAGAAUUAUUUAGUGUUAUCUAAGUAGAAUUCAGAAUUAAAGAAACGCAGAUAUUUUUUAGUAAAGCAAAUAAUAUUAAAUAAGGUUUAAAUAAAAACAUAUCUAGCGUCGGAUUAAGUGGUUAUAUAAUAAAUUAUAUUUACGCAUUUUUUUUUCAAUGUUUUUUUUUCUAAUAUUUAUUUAAAAAUUAACUAAACAAUAUUUUCACCAACUGUAAUGUCAAGGGGCUAUAUAGAAAUCGCAAUUAUUAUGUAAGUCUUGUAAAAUGCUGAUGGAAUGCACUAGCUUAAAAAAAUAUUGUAUAACUGUUGCCUCCAUCAGAAAAUCAACAUAAAAAUGUAUUCUUUUGUAAAACAUUUUUUUUGAUAAAAAGAAUCUAGUGCAUUUCUAGGCUGUAGUGCUCCAAAAGGAAACAUUAUCAUGGCAUUGCAAGAGAAACAUACAGUAGCGUAUUUACAUGGCUUUAAAAAAAUAAUUUAAAACUUUAAGAUAUAUUUGUGUGAUAUUCCUAACAUUUGAAAUAGUUAAGAAAGUUUACUGACCGUUAAGUAUUUAGGUAAUUUUAAGAUAGAAGGGUUGUAUUUAAUGACUUACAUUUUUAAACAUUAAUGACAAUAAUUGGUACUUUAACGAAUUAUGAAUUCGUCUCAAUUCCACUUAACCGGUUUGUUAUUUCAACUUCCGUUUAGCUAUAAUCAGUUAUCAGUUUUUCAAAUUUAGAAUAGCUUAGAAUCAGUUAUGUAUGAAUUAUUUGUUUGUUUAGUAAAAAAUAUUUGUUUAUUUGGUAUUCGGAAGCCUUUUCGAAACUUUUUGUGAUGUGUUAUAAUCUUUUCAAAAGUGAAUUCAGGGAAUUUCUUUAGGAAAUCGUUUAAGUUUAGAAAAGUGUUUAGAAUGUGAAGCAGGAAAAUGUUUUCGUGUAACUGACUUCAGUAAUUCUAACAUCGGGAAAAAGAAUAAUAUGAUGUAUUUCCGGAGAGAAAUUUUUAUGAUUUUGUCUUUGGGGAGGCUUCUAUAUAUUGGAUAUUUUGCUGUGAUUUCAGCUCAAAAAAAAUCACCCGUUAUUUUUAAAGCAGCAAUAAAUAAUGAAUAUAAUAUGUUAGAUACAACUCUUCUAAAAAGACAAUGUUUUAAUUAAGAAUAGGAAAUAUAGAAAAUCAACAAAAAAAAUCCCGCUCAAUACUCUUUAUAACAUAUACCUACUUUAACUAAAGUUUCACCAAGUGUUACCUAUACUCCUUCUAUUAAACUUCUAUAUAAAUGUAUAUUUUUAAAGUAAAAAAGAAUAUUAUAUUUGUCAAGUUGUUAUAGUUGUGUAGUUUAAAAAUUUUAUGUCACAAAAAACGGCAUGGUUGUUAAAUAUUUAAUGUAUCCUAUAUAUUUCAAUCUAUAUUAUUCAAUAUUGAACCUUUAUGUAUAUAUAUUGAAUGUAAUGAAAUAAAGCAGAUUUCAGUCAAUUUUUCCAUUUUAAAAUUUUAUCUAUAAAUAUUCUCCAACCAGAUAUCAAUUCAACUCACGUUUUAAAAUAUUUUUGCUAUAUUUUGAAUCGAAAUACGUAAAAUUAAUUUUUAGUAGGUAAUAUUGUAGUGAGGUUAUUUCAAUUGGCUAUCAGAAGUGAGAUAAGAUAGUCUUGGUGCUUAAAUCAAUGGAGUUGAAAAGCAAGACGGAAUUGUUGAGAA